UGUUCUUCACAUGUUCCAUAAUGUUUAUAAUGCUGCAAAAUAAUCGUAACAUGAACUUUAUUACUAGACUAUUAUAUGCGCUAAACAAGCAAUCGAAAAUGUAUUUUGAAACACUUGGACUAAAAUUGUAUUUAAAUAAAACAGCAAAACAGUUUCGGACUGCCAUCACAAAGUAUGCUCCCACUGUUUGGGGAAAUAUUUACAAAAUAAUUCUCGAAAAAAUUGACUUUUACUUUAAACGACAGAUGUUACAUGCAUCUAAUUCAAUUAAUAACAAUUUACUUUUACUGAAACGUUUUAAAGAAUUAAAUGAGGAACGAAGGAAUUUAGGGAAGCUGUUACUGACAACAAUUCGGGAUAACAAAAAUAUCAGAAUGCGAUAUCAAUUAGAAAACCUAGCAAAAAACAGACUUACUCGUUAUAUUGAGGAUACAGAAAGAAUAAUAAAGAAAAACCGAUGCCAAUACGUAAGUUUCCAACAGCUAUAUUUAACAACACACCAAGAAAAUGUAUUUUUAAAAACCCGCAUUAAAAAACUUGUAAAAGAAAGAGACAAUGCAAAAAGAAAUCUUAUUGCCUUAAUAAACGAAGUGUACAAAUCAAGAAAUAAGGAUUUAAAAGAAUUCUGCUGUAAAUUUAUAGUAGAAACAAAAGAUAACAUUUUAAAUUCCGAUGUGAAAAGUGAAAUUCAGAAAUUCCUAGAUAAUUCUAUAAUAAAGCCAGAGGAGGCUGAAACCGUUAAUGGUAUUAGGCAUAACAACAGUUUGACGAAAAUUGAAUACGACUGUUUUUUAUCACAAGCACCCAAACUUCGAGGGCUUCCCGGCGAAUAUUGUUGGACCGUUAAGGAUAAAGACGGUUUAAUUGAAAAACUUUACGAAUACAACUUUCAGACUGACUACGACAAUGGAGAUACAAUAAGUAGGAUAAGGCAGUAUACUGUUUAUUGCGAUAAAGACUGCCUAUUGGAUUACAGAAGAUCGACCACCAUAGUCAAUGACUACACCACUCAAAACCUAGGAAGAUUCGAGGAUUGUAAAGUUAAAAAUAUUAACUACCCGAUAACAAGACAAAGAUUCUUGACUGGAUCCGAAGCAUUUCAAAAAUUUCUCAAAUGUUCUGGAAAUCUAGUACAAUGCUCGACAACUUUCACAUCAAGUAGAUAAUUUUAGUUUU